ACCCUUCCCUCGGCUUCCAGCUCUGAGGGGUUUCAUUUCUGUUAAAGUGACCAGAGCAUUCGUGAAUACAGUAUAAUGGACGUGGAAGAAUUUCCUCCUCCCCCACCACCUGAAGGUUGUACAAUCCUGUUGCUGUAGAAAAGCCCAGGAGGAAAUUCAGGGUGGAGAGCAGCGAGGAUCAGAGGAGGGAGUCAUCAAAUUUGUUGCUGCUCUACUCAUGAGGUCCAUUCUCCCACAAGCAGAAACUAAGUUCUAGAAAAUGAAUUAGAAGUCAGUGGUACAAAUGAAGACGAGGAAGAAGGGGAGCCAUUCUAUUUGGAUAGCGGAGAUGAGAUACCGGAAGCAGACAGACAAGCCCUCAUGCCACGCAGUUCUGACUCUAGGUGUAAUAUAGAACAUGAAGAGACUAGCUCCACAGGGGAUGAAAAUGUAGUUAAAACUGAGAAAGUGCAAAUGUCAGAAUCCAGGACACAGGGUGCCCCAACAAAAGUAAACCCUUACUCUGUCAUAAAUAUUUCACCAAUCCAAGAAAAGGAUCAGUCUUCAUCACCAGAACCCAGUCCUCAAGAUGAAAGUACAAGCACUAACAUGUCAGGUGGAUAUUCUGUUCCUGUGCCUUGUGGCUAUGCUGUACCAUCCAAUUUACCAUUGAUACUACCAGCAUACUCCAGUCCUGUUAUAAUACGCAGUGUUUCUGUGGAUGAAGAAGCAGGUAUGCAGACAGCAGCUGAAGAUUGCCAUUUUAAUUCUUUAAGCUCAGAAGAUCCACAAAAUAGUGAAGACAACCAGGUCAGUAAAGAUAAUGAUGCUCUAGCCAAAUGGGUUGCAGAUCCUGCAAAUACAGCAUGGAUGGAAAAUCCAGAGGAAGUAAUUUAUGAUGAUGUGCCAAGGGAAAAUUCUGACUCUGAACCAGAGGAAAUGAUUUAUGAUGAUGUUGAGAAUGGUGACGAUGGUGGAAACAGCUCUCUAGACUAUGGAUGGAGUUCGAGUGAGUUUGAAAGCUAUGAAGAACAAAGUGACUCCGAGUGUAAGAAUGGAGUUCCCAGCUCCUUUUUGCGAGGCAACCACAAGAGACAUCUUUCUCAUGACCUAACCCGUUUAAAGGAGCACUAUGAGAAAAAGAUGAAAGAUUUGAUGGCAAACACUGUGGGAGCAGUAGAGAUUCAGCAACUAAAGCAAAAACAUGAGCUGAAGAAUGUAUUUUUUGCUCUUUUGCAGAUGCAAAAACUCAUGAGGGCUGCUAGAGAAGGUACCAAAGAUGGACUUGAAAAGACUAAAGCAGCUGUGAAGAAGGGUCGUUCAUUCAUUAGGACCAAAUCCUUUAUUUCUCAAGAUCAUAGAUCACCCUGUCUGGAAGAAGAUGAAUUACAUUUAUUCAUUGAUGUAGACUGUAUGCAUACAGAAGCAAUUAUGACUCCUAUGCCUGAAGGAUUAUCACAGCAACAGGUUGUGAGAAGAUACAUUUUGGGCUCUGUGGUUGACAGUGAGAAGAAUUAUGUGGAUGCUCUCAAAAGAAUUCUAGAGCAAUAUGAGAAGCCCCUAUCAGAAAUGGAACCAAAAUUACUGAGUGAAAGGAAACUCAAAAUGGUCUUUUAUCGAAUCAAAGAAAUUCUUCAGUGCCAUUCAAUGUUUCAGAUAGCACUGGCCAGUCGGGUGUCUGACUGGGAUUCUGUUGAAAUGAUUGGAGAUGUCUUUGUUGCUUCAUUUUCUAAAUCGAUGGUGCUAGAUGCUUAUAGUGAAUAUGUAAAUAAUUUCAGUACAGCAGUGGGGAUUCUCAAGAAAACAUGUGCCACUAAGCCUGCCUUUCUAGAUUUUUUAAAGCAAUGCCAGGAGUCAAGCCCUGAUCGAAUCACACUCUAUGGGUUAAUGAUGAAACCCAUACAGCGCUUCCCACAAUUCAUUCUUUUGCUUCAGGAUAUGUUAAAGAAUACUACUAAAGGACAUCCUGACAGGCUGCCUCUACAGAUGGCUCUUACCGAGCUGGAAACGUUGGCAGAGAAAUUAAAUGAGAGGAAAAGGGAUGCAGAUCAGCGCUGCGAAAUAAAACAAAUAGCAAAAGCCAUGAACGAACGCUAUCUGAAUAAGUUACUCAGCAGUGGAAACAGAUACCUCAUACGGACUGAUGAUAUGAUAGAAACAGUUUACAAUGACAAGGGAGAAAUUGUCAAAACCAAAGAACGACGACUCUUCAUGUUGAAUGAUGUACUGAUGUGUGCAACAGUCAGUGCACGGUCUUCGUAUGAAAGUAGUGGCAUUGUGGCAACUGGCCAAAGGUAUUUAUUAAAAUGGAGUGUACCUCUUGGACAAGUAGAAGUCAUUGAAUAUGGCAGCAGCGAAGGACAAGGAGAGAAUUGCAGGUUCCCACCUCAGCAUUCUGCAGAGAAUGUUGUUGUCAGUGUUAAGCCAAACAAACUGUAUAUGGGACCAGGGCAGCUAUACCAUGAUUUGCAGAAUCUCUUACAUGAUUUGAAUGUAGUCGGUCAAAUUAGUCAACUGAUAGGCAGCCUUAAAGGAAACUAUCAGAACUUAAAUCAGUCAGUGGCUCAUGACUGGACGUCAGGUUUACAAAAACUGAUAUUGAAAAAGGAAGAUGAAAUCCGAGCUGCAGAUCGCUGUAGAAUUCAACUGCAGCUUUCAGGGAAGCAGGACAAGUCUGGGAGACCUACUUUCUUUACUGCAGUGUUCAAUACAUUUACCCCUGCCAUCAAACAAUCUUGGAUCAACAAUUUACAAAUGGCUAAGCUUGCCCUUGCGGAAGAAAACCUAUUGGGUUGGUUCUGUGCAGAAGAUGAUGGCAAUCAAAUCAAGAAAGAAAAGCACCCCCUCCUUGUUAGACAUAUGCCAGUCAUGAUGGCUAAACAACAGGAGUUUAAGAUUGAAUGUGCUGCAUAUAAUCCUGAACCUUAUGUCUCUAGUGAAACUGAGCCAGAUUCAUGUUCCAUGGAGCAUGGCUUUCUUUGGAUUGGCAGUUGUACUAAUCAAAUGGGACAAAUUGCAAUUGUCUCAUUUCAAAACUCCAACCCCAAGGUUAUAGAGUGCUUUAAUGUUGAAUCCCGCAUCCUCUGCAUGGUCUACAUUCCAGAGGAAGAGAAACCAAGAGAGUUAAAUGUGGUUCCUGAGUCAGAAAAUGGGGCUAGAAAGGCUUCCAGUGUGCCUACUAUUUGCCUGGGCAUGGAAGAAGGAAGCAUUUCUGUCUACAAAAGUCAUCAAGGCUCAAAGAAAUUUCGACUUCAACACUUUUUCACACCUGAAAAAUCAACAGUCAUGAGCCUAGCGUACAUGUCCCAGUACUUGUUUGCUGGUUUGGUUAAUGGGAACAUCACAAUCUACACAAAAGCAGAAGAUGGAAACUGGAACCCAGAACCUGAAAAAGUAGUAAAGCUAGGGGUUCUACCAGUCAGAAGCCUACUUGUGAUGGAAGAGACCAUAUGGGCGGCAUCUGGUGGACAAAUUUUUAUAAUCACUACUGAGACCCAUUCUGUGGAGCACUAUUUUGAAGCUCAUCAAGAGGAGGGGAUGGUGAUCUCACAUAUGGCUGUUGCUGGAGUAGGAAUCUGGAUUGCAUUCACAUCUGGAUCUACACUCCGCUUGUUCCACACUGAGACUCUGAAGCACCUCCAGGAUAUUAAUAUUGCCACUCCUAUUCACAAUAUUUUGUCAGGACAGCAGCGUGUUUCUGUGACCAGUCUACUAGUAUGCCAUGGUUUAUUGCUGGUUGGAACAAAUCUGGGAAUUAUAGUAGCAUUACCAGUGCCUCGUCUGCAAGGAAUUCCAAAAGUGACUGGAAGGGGAAUGGUAUCCUAUCAUGCACAUAAUGGCCCAGUCAAAUUCCUUAUUAUGGCUACAGCCCUAAACAAGAAAAACAGAAGCAAAUCCAGAAGCAGUCUGCCUCGAAGCACAGAAACUAAUGAUGAUGAUCAAAAGAAUGCUCUGCGUAAUGAGAGACCGGGUUCUGCCUUAAGUAAUAUUCAGGAUACUGGAGUUUGGCUGGGAGGUUCAGCUGGAUCCAUUACACAAAGGAGUGACUUAUCUUCAUCUUCUGGGUCCCUAGAUCCAUUACCUCAUGGAUCGAAUUCCGUGGAACAUAGAACUGAGGACAGUACCAUAUAUGAGCUUUUAAAGGAUCAAAACAUCUCACUUAAAAAUAAAAGACAGAGAUCCAAGAAAAUGAAAGCAAGCUCAGUAUUAGUUAUUUCUGGAGGUCAAGGACACAGAAGAGUAAACAAGAAGUCCAAGCAGCAGAGACAGGAUGAACUCGUAUCUUCUGUGAUGGUUUGGCAGAUUCCAUUACUAAACAUCUGAGUGACUGAAACAAUGAUAAAUAGUGAUUUUGUGUAAAAAAAAAAAAAAAAAAAAAAAA